UCUUCGCCGGUGCCAAGCCGUCGAUCGUUUACCAACGGGCGCCGAGUAGACGCAUUAUAAUCGUGAUUCGGGCAUUUCGCAAUUAGCAUUUGUAUUUCUACUGCAAUGCUUAUACUACACGCCUGCUGAUUGCAAGCCCAUCAACGCGAUCGCAUCGUCAAGUCUCGUCUACCCCGAACCGAGGCAAGACUUAAACACACACCUAGAUACGCGUACAGCCGAUCGGUGACAGUAUAAAUACAGAACUCGGUGCACACCGAAGUUAUCCUCAGUUCUUUUCAAGUCGUCAAACCGGCAAGAAAACUCACCAAAAACCACCAUGUUCAAGCUCGCGUGUCUGUUCGCCUUCGUGGCCGCCGUGUCAGCUGGCAAUCUUGCGGUAGCUCCAGUCGUAGCUGCGGCAGUUCCGGCGCCGAUCGUGACGGCCCGUAGCAGCCAGAGCAUAGCGAGGAACUACAACACCCUGGUUUCCGCCCCCCUGACCUACACAGCCACUGCAGCCGUGGCUGCCCCCCUGACCUACGCCGCCGCCCCCGCAGCAGCCUUUCCUGCCAAGUUCGCCUACGCUGCUCCGGGCUUCGCUGCCCCCCUGACUUACGCCGCCCCUGCAGCUGUGGCAGCUCCUCUGGCCUACACCGCCCCAGUUGCUCACGUGUCGCCCUACGCCGCCGCUGCCCCUCUGAUCCUGAAGAAAUAGGCUGGAACGUGACAGCGAACACUUAUUUGCUCAUUUGAUGAUGAAUAAAGAAUUAUUGGUAU